UCUGACAACUAUGGAAAGGGAGUCUUCUACUAUGGCGAACGCGUGAACUGUCAAACGGUGUAAACAAUCCCAAUCAAAACAAACCGCGCUGCGUACUGCAAAGCAACGAAUUGAAUUUUGAUACUGGUCGUUCAAUAUAUCGGUUUUACAAUGAAAACGUGUCGUGCUUGUUUGCAGAAGGAAGCAGAUGAAUAUUGUUCGAUUUUUAAGAAAAUCAACCAGGUGACUCUUGAUGAAAUGUUUCAUUCGCUAACCGGUAUAAGAGUUUCCCGAGGUGACGGUUUGCCUGAUUGUGUCUGCCAGGAGUGUUCCGAUUUUAUUGUAAUGUGUAACAACUUUCGGAAAAAAUGUUUAAAGUCAGACGUACAGCUGCGGGCUCUUCUUCCCACGGAGGAUAGCGAGGGAGAACAUUUCCAAACCACGCAAGACACCGAGCGCCAAAGUGUUCAAGAAGCGGACUGUUCGGAAGACAGAACAAAAGAGGAAUGCCAGCUAGUUAUCAAAGAUCAUGCAGAUAUAUACGAAGAAGAUUUAUGUUCUGAAACGGAAAUUUUGGUAGAACAACUGGAUGUAGAAGAUGGGAAAAGUAUCAUAGAGCAGACAACUGACCAUGAAUCGUACUACGAGCUUUAUGAUGUUGUAGAGGAUGUUGAAUUUGGUGAAUUAGAAGUGCUUAAUGAAUGUGAAGACGAUGAUUCACAGGAUGCAAUAAUAGAACGCAUCGAAAGCACACAGGAAACUCAUGAAUCCUCCGUGGACAACACGGUAGAAAGUACGGUUCAAGCCACUGAGUUCGUUGUUGAGUGCUGCGGCUGUCCUGGUGUGCAGUUCCCUUCCGCUGACGAGCUGAAGCAACACACCGCCCAAGUGCACGAAAACGAACGAAUCCUCACCAACCUUCGGCCCUACGAGUGCAACGUUUGCUACAAACGCUUCAUCAGCCAUGCUGCCCUAUCCAAGCACCAGGCCGCACCGUAUCGCAAGAAAAAGUAUGGCUGCCAAACCUGCGGCGCUAGCUUCUGCAGUCGCAGUGCUCUACACGGCCACACCAACAGUGCACACACGCGCGACCGUAAGUACGUGUGCGACGUGUGUCAGAAAGGGUUCUACACCAGCAGUACGAUGCUGUCGCACCGGCAGAUACACGGCGAAAAGAAGUACCAAUGCAGCACGUGCGCGAAAAAGUUUCUGCGCCAGUCGGACCUGCUAAGCCACCAGAUGACCCACUCCGACGAGCGACCGUACGGUUGUGGCGAGUGUGAGAUGCGUUUUAAGUGCCGUAGCCACCUGCGCGAUCAUCAAACCGUGCACACGGGCGAACGUACGAAGAAGUGUAGGAUUUGUGGGAAGGGAUUUACUACGUACGGUGAUCGGCGUGUGCACGAGUUGCGGCACGAAAAUGUACAUCCCUUCAAGUGUGGCUACUGCAGCAAAACGUACGGCCGGAACUACAAGCUGCAGGUGCACAUACGGAAAGAGCACACCAAGGAGCGUCCAUUUGCGUGUAGCGAUUGUCCGGAGCGUUUCUUCCAACGGUGGGAAAUGUUGGGCCAUCAGAGGGUUGAGCACGGCAAGAUGGAAGGCAUCGAGAGCGUCGAACUGGAGACGGAAUUGCAUGAUACCUGAAAGUAAUAAACAUAACUUUUAUACUUCACUCAUUAGACAAA